AUGAACUUGACCCCUUUCCGACGACCUGCCACACUUCUCCUCUACCUCUCCCGCCAUUUCACCACCACCACAACCACCUGUUCCCUCAAACACCCACCACCACCACCACCCCCCCCUUUUCCAACCACCAUCAACGCAAUGGACCUCACUUCCCCACCCCCCGAGGAACCCCCCUCCUACAUCGCCGCCGCCCGCAGCCACGGCAUCCCCCUCCGUCAAUCAGCCCCCAUCAAACCCGGCCCCUUGCCGCUUCAACUCCCCAUCCUCAACCACCUCCGCACCAAGCGCGUGAUUUUAGCCUCUGCCUCCCCUCGUCGAAGGGCAAUGCUCAACCAAAUCGGCCUCACAAACCUCGAAGUCUGGCCUUCAAACACCCCCGAGGACCUCGACAAGAAAACACACUCACCAGAGGAGUACGUCUCAGCCACCGCCCGAGCAAAAUGCCACGCCGUCUACGAAGCCGUCCUCGCCGCCCAGGCCAAACCAGACGCCACCAAAGAACAUUUGGAAGAUCCAGCUGUUGUCAUUGCAGCGGAUACAGUCAUCGCCACCCGCGCAGGGCAGAUAUUGGAAAAGCCAAAAAGCGAACAAGAUCAUGUUCGGAUGCUGACGCAUCUGAGGGAUGGGAGGUAUCACCGGGUUUUGACGGGGAUUUGCGUCAUGGCGCCAAAGGCGGAUGCGAGUCAUCCGGGGUAUGAGAUUAGGGGGCAUGUGGAGGAUACGAAGGUUUACUUCGCGAGGGAGGAGGACGGGUUGCCGGACGAUGUUAUUGAGAGUUAUGUCAGGACGAGGGAGGGGGCGGAUAAGGCGGGGGGGUAUGCGCUGCAGGGAGUGGGGGGGAUGGUGCUUGUGGAGAAGGUGGAGGGGAGUGUGGAUAAUGUGAUUGGGUUGCCGGUUAGGAAGUGUCUGCAGUUGUGUGAGAGGGUUGUUUUUAGGCAGGGGGAGGAGGUGGAGGGGGAGGAGGAGGAUGAGGAGGAGUGA